GUCGAAUGACAUUUGACAUUGACAUUUCGUUGACAUUGAAAACUAACUUCAACUUUUAACCGUAGUGUCUGACUCUGCCAGCCAUGUUGACCUGUAUGAGACUGAAUUUUCAGACUUUCGCUAGAACUUAAGGGUGCAUCUAAUUAAAGAAAAAACAUUAUGCCCAAGUGUGAUCUUAAAACUAGAUACAUACCGGCUACAUUUGCAUGGACGUUGCUCAUCGUUGCCACUUCUUUAUUUUUUUACUAUCCGGCCCAGUAUUAUCUAGCGGAUCACCCAUGGGUUCCAGCGUGCCAAGGAGUCAUUACUUUCUUCGUUUUAGCAAAUUUUACUUUGGCUACUUUCAUGGAUCCAGGAGUAAUUCCCAAAGCACCUCCUGACGAAGACAGGGAAGAUGACUUUAGAGCCCCUCUCUAUAAGAAUGUUGAUAUUAAUGGGAUAACAGUUAGGAUGAAAUGGUGUGUUACUUGCAAGUUCUACAGGCCACCAAGGUGUUCCCACUGUAGUGUAUGUAAUCACUGUAUAGAGACGUUUGAUCACCACUGUCCUUGGGUCAACAAUUGCAUCGGAAGAAGAAACUACAGAUUCUUCUUCUUCUUCCUCAUAUCAUUAAGUAUACACAUGAUAAGUAUAUUCACAUUGAGUCUGAUCUUUAUACUAAAGGGAGGGGACAACUAUACGAAACCUCAACCAAUUAUUGCUAUGGUACUGAUGGCGUUGGUGGCGUUACUGUCGAUACCGAUAUUCGGUCUGACGGGGUUUCACAUGGUUUUGGUGUCCAGGGGUCGGACGACGAACGAGCAGGUCACUGGCAAAUUCAAAGGCGGCUACAACCCUUUUUCGAGGGGCUGUUGGGACAACUGCUGUUAUACGCAGUUUGGUCCACAAUUUCCAAGUCUGAUAAAACCACUAAAAUAUAACGCGAAGCGAAAGCAGUGUCCACACGGGCCCAUUGCGACCAUAACGAACGACAGUCAAGUGAAAACUUACAUGGAUAACAGCAACGGAGUUAGGAAUAUCAACUCUAACGCUUAUAAUAAGAUGUCACCGGGAAGAGAUGGCUGCGAGUUGGACAUGGAGCCGUCUGCUUCCCAAUCCCAAGACUGCGAACCCACGCCCCCCUUACAGAGGCACGGCUCCAAAAGCAACUUCUUCCUACCGUCGGCAGCUAAUACGGUCGACGGCGAAUCUCCCAGCAGAGUUGGUCUGUCGUUUAGCCACUCCCAGGGAGCGGCCUCCAGGCCGAUCGCGCACUACUCUCGAAGCAGUCCUCACCCGAGGCCGCGGGGACUGGAUCCGAAUCGCAGCGGCACGCCCGACGCUCUGGGCGGGCAGCAGCAACGCCCCUCCCCCACCAUGCAGCAAAGGAUAAAGGCGUUAGGCGUUCCCACGCCGCUCACGCUCUCCACUCCGGUCAGAAGUUGUAAGAAAUGGCCUUGGAAUUGCUGGCAAAUACAAUUGCCGCCCGAUGAAUAUUUUCUCGAAACCCAGCAGCAAAAGUACGCGAAUAACGAGUGGAUUCGUAACGACCUUCAAAAUGCCACUUUGCUGUGUUACGAGAGUGAAACUGAUACGAUGACCUUGAGCGUAGAAGUGGCCAAAAAGAGCGUCAGCGAAGACGGAUAUACGUCAGAUCUAAUCUAAGUAGAUUGUAUUAUGUAGGUGUCUGCAAAUAUAUGUAUAUUCUUAGUCG